GAGGAAAGGAGCACGUAACUCUAGAGCAGCACCCAGCCGAACGCGAGCUCUGAGAGGUGAGCGACGGGACAGAGCAGUGCUGCUGGCACAUGAGCCGCCUGCAGAUCAUCCCUCUCCACCAUGCAGAGCAACUACUCCCCGGUCGUCACCCCCAGAGGAAGCCUCCAAGUGCUCUACACAGCCCUGACAAACGCAUCGGCCGCGUCGCGCUCCCCGGCUCCCUGCCCACUCACCUCUUCCCGUUACCAGUUUUCCCUCAUUCCAGCACUCUUCUCCGUGGUCUUGGCGCUGGGGUUGGUUGGCAAUGGCGUGGUGGUCGUGGUGCUUUGUCGGCACAGCGGCCCCAGAACAGUCGCCAACAUCUACAUCCUCAACCUGGCCGUGGCGGACCUGCUGUGCCUUGCCACCCUUCCCUUCUGGGCUACCUACUACGCGCAGGGCUACAACUGGCUCUUUGGGUCUCUCAUGUGCAAGGUCUCCAGCUCUGUCCUGUGCUUGAACAUGUUUGCAAGUAUAUUUUUCAUCACCUGCAUGAGCGUGGACCGGUACCACGCUAUUGUCCAUCCUAUGCACUCUCAAAGGAGAACUCUGCAGAAGGCUUAUUUCACAGCACUGGUUGUGUGGGGCCUCGCCUGUUUGUCCUCCCUCCCAACCUUUUAUUUCCGGGACACCCAGUCCAUCGAAAGCUUGGGGGUCAAUGCUUGCAUCAUGGCCUUUCCUCAGGAGAGCUAUGCACAAUGGGCUGUGGCAACAGCCUUCCUGAAGAACGCACUGGGCUUCUUCAUCCCCUUGAUGGUGAUCACCACGUGCUACGUGCGGAUCAGGAAGCCCCUGCUCAGAGCACGGGAGUUUGGGAGGAAUAAGCAGAAGAGGGACAAAGUCCUCAAGCUGGUGGCUGCUGUCGUCGUGGCCUUCUUGAUUUCCUGGCUCCCGUUCCACAUUUUGACGUUUCUGGAUGCCUUGGCUCACAUGAGCAUCAUCAGCAGCUGUGCGGUGACAGGGCUCAUUGACACAGCGCUGCCAUUCGGCAUCUGCAUGGCCUUUGCCAACAGCUGCAUCAACCCGCUGCUGUACUGCUUCAUCGGGAACCAGUUCCAGGAGAAGCUGCACCGCUUGUUCAAGCGGAGGGUCUAUCAGUUCAACAGCCACCGGGAGAGCUCUUCCCUGAGGAAAGGGAGCUGCUUCAGAGAUGCUGAGACCCCUGUGGGCAGGGAAGGGGAGCCCAGGUCACUGCUGUAGGCACCGGGGCAUGAUGUGGGCGAUGUCGGUGAUGCUCCUCUGUCCUAGUCCUCUUGUGGCCAUUCAUUCACCAGCAGUUUGAGGAAGAAUCCCUUUUUCACAUGUGGAGAUUUAUUCUUCCUUCCUUUCCACAAGGAGCACUCCACAGAGGGAAGAUCCUGACACAUAAAUGUUGUUUUUAAUGCCAGCUUGUGCAUGGCUGAGAUCAGGAAAGAGUUCAGUGCAACACCAGAUGACAAAACACACCAAAAGACCAUUGCACAGAAGCCAUAAUUGUGUAGGUACUGAGUAUUAUACCCUAAGCUGGUUUUCUAAAAGAGAUUCUCACUAGAGAAUGUGUAAAUAAAGCAGUGCGGAUACCUCUGAAGCUAUCUGUAAGAAAA